UCGGGUAGCGGGGUCGCGUCUGCUGGAGACUCGUAGUGUGUGCGGGGCCCGCGGGGUGAUCGAGGCCGGGGCCACAGCCUGGACUCCUGGGGGAGGAUGCGAAAGAGGAGGAAGAGAAGACAGCGAGGGGGCCGGGAGAGCGUGGUAUAAAUGGACGUGGACGUGGACUAUGAGAGGCCCAACGUGGAGACCAUAAAGUGUGUGGUGGUCGGAGACAACGCGGUGGGGAAGACGCGGCUCAUCUGCGCCCGAGCCUGCAAUGCCACCCUCACCCAGUACCAGCUGCUCGCCACCCACGUGCCCACCGUCUGGGCCAUCGACCAGUACCGGGUGUGUCAGGAGGUUCUGGAGCGCUCUCGCGACGUGGUGGACGAGGUGAGCGUCUCGCUGCGUCUCUGGGACACGUUCGGAGACCACCACAAGGACAGGAGGUUUGCGUACGGCAGGUCGGACGUGGUGGUUCUGUGCUUCUCUCUGGCCAAUCCCUACUCGCUGCGCCACGUCCAGAGCAUGUGGUUCCCGGAGAUCAAGCACUUCUGCCCCCGCACGCCCGUGGUGCUGGUCGGCUGCCAGCUGGACCUCCGAUACGCCGAUCUGGAUGCCGUGAAUCGCGCCCGGCGCCCGCUGGCCAAGCCCAUCAAACCCACAGACAUCCUGUCUCCGGAGACCGGUCAUGAAGUGGCCAAAGAGCUGGGGGUCCCUUACUACGAGACCAGCGUGGUGGCGCAGUUUGGGGUGAAGGACGUCUUUGAUAACGCCAUCCGGGCGGCACUCAUUUCACGGAGACACCUGCAGUUCUGGAAGUCCCACCUGAAGAAAGUCCAGCGCCCUUUGCUGCAAGCUCCUUUUCUGCCUCCCAAGCCACCUCCGCCCAUCAUCCACGCAGCGGAGCCACCGCAGAGCAACGGGCAGGGCCCAGCUGCCCUCUUCUCCACCCCGCUGUGCGCGGACGUCGUGUUCCAGCUCCACGCCGGCGAGAAGGUCUUUGCGCAUAAAGUCUACUUGGCCACGGCCUGCUCCAAGUUCUAUGACCUCUUCACGCUGGAUCUUCAUGAGAAGAAGGGAAGUCCCCACAGUGACGGCUUCCCGCUCAGGAUUGGGGGUAUCGAGGCGGCUGGCAGCACCAGGAGACACGAUGCCCCUUCCGGGGCUCUGCGGACCUCAUGGAGCGACCACGUGCAGAACAGUCUGGGAAGAGUCCAUCUGGGUUGGGGCAGGGAACUCAGCGAUUGGGGCCGAGGCUUUAUCGGUGUCUGCGUGGAUAUGGUGGAGGACCCCGUCACAAGGCGUGAAAGGCCGAUGAUGGCCGUCCGGAUGGAGGCGCUGGUCCAGCUGGAGCCACUGCGGGCGGUUCUGGAGUACCUGUACACCGGCCACCUGGAUCAGAGCCGGACGGACCUCAUGCAGGUGGCUACCAUCGCUGAGGCGCUGGAGGUUUUCGACCUGAGGAUGAUGGUGUCAAACAUUCUGAACAAGGAGGCCUUCAUGAACCAGGAGAUUACCAAAGCCUUCCAUGUGCGGAGAGCCAACCGCAUCAGGGAGUGUCUGAGCCGGGGGCUCUUCUCAGACGUUGUCUUUGCGUUGGAUGAUGGCUCCGUUCUGGCCCACAAGCCUCUGUUAAUCGCAAACUGUGACUGGAUGGUGGCCAUGUUCCGCGGCACCUUCAGGGAGAGCUUCACAUCGGAGGUCUCCCUCCCCGGCACCUCCACCUCCUGCUUCCGGGCUGUUCUCGAGUACCUGUACCUGGGCCAGUUCUGCCCCUCGCCUGCUCUGGACUCUAUGGAGCUUUUAGUGCUGACCAACCGCUUGUGCCUCCCUCACCUGCAGGCGCUGACUGAGCAGCACGCGGUGGACGAGCUCCUGGCCGCCUCUGUCCAGGGGGUGGAGAUUGAUGGGCAGGUUCUGCUUCACCUGGAGGUCGCGCAGUUCCAUAACGCCAAGCAGCUGGCCAGCUGGUGUCUGCACUUUAUCUCCACCAACUACAACUCCGUGUGCCGAAAAUUCCCCCGCGAGAUGAAGUACAUGUCGCCAGAGAAUAAGGGACACUUUGAGCGCUGCCGCUGGCCCCCGGUGUGGUACCUGAAAGAGGAGGAUCGCUACCUGCGCUGCCGGAAGGAGCGAGAGCGCGAGGAAGAGAUUGUCCGCAAGCAGCUCAGCAAAAGCAAAUGGUGUUUCUGGCGCCCCUCCUCCUCCGUGUCCUGAGUCGACGCACACUCACUCCAUGCCUUCCACGCGUGGCCACAACCACCGGCUAUCACCGCGCUGUAGCAGCCUCUCUGCAGAUACCCCUCUGAUACAGAACAUGUUUUAAGUACCUGCCCCCUGUCGUGCACUCGGCUCGGGGCAGGGAAGGUGUCAUUUGCUCCUGACAGCGUAAUUACCCAUCUGAGCUGCAAUGUCAUUAGUUAUUGUUUGCCCCGAAACCUGCCCCCUACACCGACAUAAUCUCACGGGCAAUGAGAGGGGGUAGAACUUGGUAAACUGCAGAGGGGCCCCGGGAUCCCACAGCUGGAUCGUGAGGUUUAAUGCCCUUUGUCUCCCGGUUCUGUCCAGACGCAGGGUCUGCUGCCCCUCCAGGCCGAAUAGGAGGGUGUUAUACUCGUUACUAUUCUA